CCAUCUGCAGGCGGGUAAAUGCGCAGUUGCCGCGCAGGUCUCCGGCGUCGGCCACAGACACCGGCCGGUAAACUGCAGGGCACGCCCCCCUCCCGUCCUUCCACCCACAUCACUCGGAUUAAAAAACACAGUGAUUGACGCGGCGGCGGCAGCCAAUCAGGGCCCGCCUCGCCGUGGAAGCGUGCCAGAAUGUGAUGUUUAUGCGCGCUGCGGCCCAAUGGAGGCGAGGCAGAGGGGGGCGUGGCGUGGGUUUGGAGGAAAGAGGCAAAACAAUCUUGAAUCGUCCGGACCGGGCGGCAGCUGGAGAUCCUGCUGGAGGCGGCGGUGGGAAAAAACGAAAACUUUGCAUGUAGAGUAGAAAGUCUAAGAGUCGGAUCCAGUCGAGACAAUCCCGAUAAAUGUAUCAGACUCCAGCAAUUUGCACUAAAACCUAUAGAAAGCUGGUUUUCUUUCUUUAGUCUCCACUCGCCCCCCGCUCUGAAGAAGAAGAAAAGAAGAAAAAUGGAUUCCAGAUACAUUUCGGAGAAGUCAUCGGUUGGGACGAGGGUCGGCGGCGGCGUUGGAGCGGACUUCAACUGCCGGGCAGGCCGCUCCGUGCUCCGCGACGCCCGGGUCCUCGCGGCGGAGAAGAGCGGCCCCGUGAUGCCGGUGUUCACGCGCGGGCCCGUCCUCUACAAAUUCGUAAUGGACGUCAGCUCGGCGGAGGUGAAAAGUGGCAGAACACCCGCGGAAGGGAGCGCACCGGCUCCGGGUGCUCGGAUAAUGUACGACGCGGAAAAAACUGGUCUUGGGGAUCAUAAAGACACUGGCUCCACUGGGAUCUUGAAGAGAGCCAGUCCCACUCACUGCCCUGGCAUCAACGGUCUUUUACCAGGUGGCUUCAAACAUCUGGACAUCAGCAACCCGUGGAAACAGGCAGAGCUGGCCAACAGCUUCAGGGCAGCACAAGUGCAAAACGCACCACCGGCAGAAAGACAACCCCUCCCUUCCUCCCACAUCCCUGUCCCCAGAAACAGGAAGCCCUCAGGUCACGCUGAUAAGGAAGUGAUGGCGGCCACAGUCCUGACCUCACUGUCCACAUCCCCUUUGGUGCUCCACCCUUCCUCUGCAUCUACAGUCCCAGAGCCAGCCAGCAGGGCUUGGAAAGAGGUGCUAUCGGCUAGCUACAGCAGUUCGACCAGCGGCAACUGGAGCUGGGAUACCAGCGACCAAUCGGUGCCCUCCACACCGUCCCCUCCUCUCUCCAACGAUAACACCAAGAACUUCCUGCUCUCGUCCCAGGGUGAUGAUGUCAAUGAGGAUAACACAGAGAGCACGCACUUCAUGUUUGAGGACCCCAUACCUCGGAAGCGAAAGAACUCCAUGAAGGUGAUGUUCAAGUGCUUGUGGAAGAACUGUGAAAAGGUCCUCAGCACCUCCUCAGGGAUCCAGCGACACAUCCGCACCGUCCACCUGGAGCGAACCUGCGACUCCGACUACAGCGACGGAGAGGAGGACUUCUACUACUCAGAGAUCGAGGUCAACAUGGACAGCCUGACCGAGGGCCUGUCCAGCCUCACACCCACCUCGCCCACCACGGCCGGUCCUCCGCCCGUCUUCCCGCCGCCGCUCACCGAUGUCCCUCACUCCGAACACAUCAACAUGUAUGAUGCGCAGAGCCACGUCCCAACACUGCUCAGCCAAUCAGCUCCCUCCACGCUCUGCCACAUCCGCACUGACCACGCCUACCAGGCCACUGCUCCAGUGAAUAUCCCAGUGGGUCCCGAGCUGGCAGGGUUAGACAGUGGUAAUGGGACCCGGCCUGGAACUGGGAUUGGGAAUGGCAUCAGUGUGUCGUGGCAGUCCCCUCCUGUCAUUUUCAAAGGCACCCCGGGGCCUGUGACCCACGUCCGAACUGUCAGCAUCGGUGAAAAGCGGCAGCCGGCAGCCAACACACACACCACUGUUAUUAAGAACCCUGCUUUAGUGACGCCACCAGCUAAGUCGAUACCAGGAACCAGGAAACCCCGUGGGGAGGCAAAGAAGUGCCGAAAGGUGUACGGCAUGGAGAAGAGAGACAUGUGGUGCACAGCCUGUCGCUGGAAAAAAGCCUGUCAGAGAUUCACCGACUAAUCCUGUCCCCUUCCCAAACCUCUGUGAGAUGAGCUCUCCCUCACUCGGAGCGAUGGCGAGGUGGACUCUUCCACUGAGGAGACGAGGGGAGAUCUCUUCAGGACGGAGCUCUCAGCGCUGCUUCCUCCAGCCCGGCCGGGGCUUCGCCUUCUCUUUCUCUUUCCGUUUCCAAACACAAAGAGAAAAUAAAACCGGUGGGUUCAUAAAAAAAAGAAACAAAAUCGGCAAGAAAAAAGAACUUUAUGUAGGUUUGGAGACUUUUUCUAAGACUGAGAUAUUUUCACUCUGAUAAUGAAUAAGAAAAAAAAAACGAUUUUUUAAUUGGAUUUUGCAAUGUCUGAUUUGAUUUUUGUUUAUCACGUUUUUUUCUCAACUCAAGGCAAUGUGUAAAGACUUCAGAUACGCUUCUUGGUAUACUCGGUUGUUCGUUUCAGGAGCAUCAUGUAAGCUACUGUUUGUGGGGUGGAUCGUGACUCUUUUCGGAGGUUCACGGGUUAACCAGAUUUGCUUGGUAAGACCUCUGUAGCAUUUUGUUUCUCAUUAUCACUGUUUAAGGGACUUCAAACCUACCAAAGGCAAGACGCCGGUUCACUUACAACCAACAGCGUAGGUGUGAGCUCGAUACCAAAUCUAACAUCAAUGUCUCCUGCAGUCGUACUGUGUAUCGACUGCAUGUUAUUUCAAUAUCUCAACCACCGAUUCAAUUCAGUACAGCCAGCAACACGAAUUUAGCAAAAAAAUUGCACAAAAAAACUCACACCAAGUGGUACAGAGUUUCCCCUUGACUUUCCAAAAAAUAUUUUCUAGAGAUGUACACAAUCCCUGAAAUAUAUGUCCCUCUCUCCUUUACUAUAAUUUUGCCCUAGAGAUAUGCUCCUUGAAGAAAUGAGUCAUCUUUUGGAGUAUCACUGUAACCGCAGCAGAGAGAGCGGAUAGCUAUUUCGUAUUAUAGAGUUUAUUUUCAGCGAUGAGUUCUUGAAGCAACGAGCAGUUGCACUGUGCAAUCAGCAGGAGUACAGCAUUUAAUAUUGUAUUUCUUUCUUUGUGGUUGUCAUUUGCUGACAAUUGAUGUUCUCAAAGAGAUUGUUUACCACGGUGAAUGAUACAUGAAUGAUAACUGCCCUUUGAAACUAACUUAUAGUCUGACUGGUGUAAAUUGUGUAUGUAGGUAAAAAACAUAGAGAUUGUAAACCAACAAUCACUACCUGAUAAUAAGUCAGGCCCUCUAAAUCCUUUGUUACAGUUUUCAAUGGAGCGGUUACGCAAUCUGUAGUAGUUUGAAAAAUUAUAAUUAACCAGCAUUGAGACAUUUGUGGAUUACCCAAGAUAACUUCAUAGGAAUCAAGACUUUCCCCCUGUGUUUCUAGUAGAUGUUAAAUCUUUUUAAAAUGGCCUUUUACUCUGGUCUGACAUUUGAUUGAAAAAAAAAAUAAGAAUCUAUUAAGUUGAGUGCAGAGCAGGGUGUGGGUGGACUGAUUCAUUUGGAAGUAAAUGUAGCAAAACUUUUUAAAUGUUUUACCAAAGUGGAGUCUUACUUUUUUAGAAUAGAUCUCUAUUAAAUAGUAGCUGGCCACGUUUCCAACUUUAGACAAAAUACAGGUGGUAGAUUUGUAGUUUGUUAAAAAUUUUAAUUUCUUAAUAUAUCCCUUUCCAUUGGCCAUUCUUAGAAAAUGUCAUCCUUUAAAUUUAAACCCCAAUAUGCUUGAUGCAUGGCAUCUGUAUCAGGCGUUAAAUAUAUAUAUAUAUAAAGUAUAUAAAACAUAAAAACAAAGAAAAAAUGCAAAGACAGCAGUCAUCUUACAAUUUUUUAGAGAUAUUUGUAAAAGACGUUCAGAGUUUUUCCUGCAAUAGUCAAAUACUGUGACAUGAGUCAACUACUCGUUACCAAACUCAUAAUGUGCACCUGCAGACUGAAACGCAUUUGUAAUUGACCUGAUGACAUUUAUAGACCCCAUAAUAAUGAUGAUAACGAUGAAAGUAAAAGACAGAGCCCCACAUCAGUAGCCACAUUUAAAGGUUCAGUGUGUAGAAUUUAGUGACAUCUAGUGGUGUAAGUUGCAUGUUGCAGUUGAACACCCCUCACCUCAGCCUCCCGUUCCAAACAGGAGAGAGAACCAGACGCGGCCUUCGGUUUUCAUAAAAACUCAAAAAGAUGUUUAGUUUGUCCAGUUUGGACUAAUGUAAAAAACACGGCAGCCUCCGUAGAGAGGACCCACUCUGAUGUAAAUAUCGAGUAUUUAAAUAUAAAGGGCUCAAGGAUUAUUUUAUAUUCAAUUUCUGACAAUAGAUCCCGUUCACCUUAAUCCUACACACUGAACUUUUAAAGUAAUUCCCGAACCUUCUCACGUUUCUCCUCAUUAGCUGUGGACGAUCUUCCGAGUCGCACUUUAGAUUUAAAUAAGUUUGUUUCUUAUAGCCCAUACACUAAAGCCAAUUUAUAUAUUUAUGUAGCCCCUAAAUCACAAAUUUGCCUCAAACUAUUGAACCUUCAUCAGGCGUGUUACUGAUCUGGAGGCAGUGUCCUGACAGAAGAUGUAUAUUUUUGAGGAGAUUCGCUCUCUCGCUGUUUGUCAGCAGCGUUUUGAAUGUGGAAUCUGUGUCCUCUGCUCUCUGAGUGCUCCUGACACUGACCUCACCUAGUCACCAUGGCAGCGUGUGACACACACACACACAUGCAGAGAAGUAAAGAGUGCCUGUCCUUCCCUGUUUAAAGCACGACAACUUUGAGCGCACUUAGAAUCUGUGCGACCUCGCACAUCUGUCGCCAUAGAAACACCAGCACUGUCCUCGGCCGCCACGGGGUCACUGGUGCCACUGGUGCUGUCGGCCGACGCCACCUGGUCGGAGCUGACCAGUUAGGAUUUCGCUCCUUGAGAGGCGAGAAGCAGAUGGCUGAUUGUUCGUUGCCGGCUUGAGGUCAAUGAGCAGAAAAGAAAAAACACGCAAAGCACACACUCGAUCGCUGUGGCUGUAAAAGUACUUAUUAACAUGUCCUUCAGUUCCUGUUGUAAAACCACCCUGAUGUUUUAAAAAAUUACCAAUCCUGCCUGUAAAGUGUUUAUUCCAGGGGUGUCCCAGAUAAGCUAGGCCUCCCCCCCACCCCCCCACACCUCUCUCUCUCGGGAGGCCUCUUCUGGUCAGAAACUUCACAAAGUGCCAAUGAAAAGAACAUUAAAAGGAAAAAAUGUAUACUGACCUAAUGAAAUUGCACUAUGUUGCUCUGCGCAAAGACAUGCUUUUAUACAUGGACGUUUUAUAUACUUACAUUUUUGAAGUUUAUUUUCUAGGGGGGUUGGGAGGGGUGUGUCGUCACUGCCCGAUGGAGUACAAUGGGGUAUCAGGGAACGGGGUCUCUGUACCUUCGGGGGGGCCCCCCCAUUAUCAGCUCGACAGUUGAUGUCUUGCUCUCUGUGUCGGAUGUUAUCGCACUAAACAUCGUGGUGCUGACAGCCGUGGCAGUGCGGUACUGGGAAGUACAGUGCGGUACUUGGGCAGUCGGUCACUUUGCCUUUCCUCUGAGGAGUGCCCAGGGCCGAGAGCAGCACCUGCCUUGUCUCAGUGACGGGAAAACACCGGUCUCGUUCGGUAGCUACACCUUAUCGUCUCGGUAACAGAUGCUUAACAGCGUUUUAUCGCCUGGAGUUUUUCUUUCAUAUUACACACACACACACACACACUUUCUAUCCGUAAAGCUCCUCUUCGUGCUUCCUUUACUUAAAACAAAAAAAAAUUCAAAAAAAAACAGGUUCAAGCUUCUUUACAUUUUACUGAGCUGAGGUAGUUACUAUUAUUAGUGCUGGAUAUCACUUUUAAUUCUGUUAUCUCCAGUUUGGUCAAAUAUCAAGUGUCAAACGCAGCCCAUCAGCUCCCUCUCCACCCUCAGUGUAAGCACUUUCAGAUUCCACCGGCAGGGUCAGAGGCCGAUGCUUAUGCCAGCACUGAUGCCUGCUCGGCUGGGACGGGUGGGGGCGGGCAGCGGGUCAUCCGGGCCAGAGAGAACUCUGGGUACAAGGGACGACAGAUCCGUUAUCGGCGGAUUUCUGCAAAACAGAUCAACGAUUAAAUGUUUCCCGUGGAAAGCGAGAGGUGGAGAUUAGAGCUGACGUCGUGGGCGAGCAGGGGAACUGGAGAUUGACGGGAGGGAAAUCAGCCGCGAGACGCUUCAGAGACGAUAUUGAUGGAUUUUGCUGUUUCAGGGCUAUCUUGUACAUAUGCAACAAAAGAGAACCGUGAGGCUUUUUUUUUCCAUAUAUUGUUGUUUUCUUUGUUGUUGUAUCUUGUUAUAUGAAAAGGAAACUUUUUUUUACAGUGCAGUUGCUCAGAAUAUUUUUCUUUCAUUGUUUUUAAAGAGUCGAUUAAGAAGCUAUAGUGAACAUAACACGUAAUGAUUCAAUGUAUUUUGUAGCUUAGAGGCAAAGGGGAGAAAAACAAAAACCUGUUGAAUGUAAAAACCUACAAAAAGAAAAAAGUCUUUUUUUGUUGUUGUUAUAUUUGUUGGCUUGUUGUGUACUGCCUGUAGAGAACCAGUAGCGCGUCCAGAUUUUUAGCCUCCGAACCUUUAACACCCACAGACAGCUGUCGCCACACUGCUAGAUCAUAACACAACCAUGCAGUAUUGCUUUACUAUCUUACUUUGUGCAAUCGUGUGCUUUAUAAUGGAACAAGAACUAACUUCAGCUUUUUUCUGGUGACAUCCGGGGCGACUCGCUCACACUGUUGCUGUCCUUUUUUUUGUUGUUGUUGGUGUCUUUUCUCCCUGCCAUAUAGAAUUUGUUUUGGAAUGUGUGGUUAUCGUGGAUGUUGUUUGUGGUUCUGACGUUAAGGUGUUGAUAGGCAGGAUAACCUUCGCCCUUUGUUUGGGGUCAUGAUGAAAAAGUUGUUUAACCUGGCGGGAACCUGUAUCCUGCCCUGCACAUUCCAACAGACGGCACGCUUUUAGUGUUUUCCACUUGUUUCCUACUCGACAUAUCCUUCCCAUUUCCUUACUCACUACAGUGAUUAUUCUUUAAUCACCUUGUCCUUUUCCAUUUCCUGUUCGUGUGCUCUCCAGCUUUACUGUGGUCCCACCUAAGCCUUUACCCAGUAUAUUAAGCUAAACUAAACCCUUGAAAUGUGCAUAAAACAAAAAAAAAAGCCUUCGUAUUUUUCCAAAUAUGUCAAAAAAUGUGUGUGCUGCUUUCUUGAAUGUCAGUUUUCAUUUUGUGUGUAAACCAGCAGCAGCAAAGCCAAUAGAUCUCCUUCCAAAUCAAAUGUAAUGCAUUGCAAUGGCAGCUCCACGCAGUUUUCCGGCUUCUUCUACUGUGCUUGUAUCGUUUGUCCAGACACUCAGUCUGUCACAUCGCUUUUUCCCUGUCGUGUUUUUACUGAGCCUAAAACUGGCUGGGGUGAAAACUGACUUCAUUUUUUUUUUUGCUUUGUUCCCGUUUUCUUAUUGAUUGAUUGAUUGAUUGAUCGAUUGGUUGAUUGUCUGGUUGAGUUUGAGGUUGUUUUGCAUGUCUAGCAUCGCUCAUUUCUUUCCUGUUUGUUUUUGUGUUAGGAGAAAGAACACUGAAGGGUUUUUAUGUGUUAGAUGUCCCCCCCCUUCAGGAACUGAUGACCCAGGGCUGAUUUAGCUCGUUUCCCUCUCAAUGCAAACACGCUCGUCGCAGACCGACACCCACACGUGCAGGGCGGCACAUUUUCAGGGAAACACAGCGUCAGCCUCGGGUCUUAACUGGAGGGGCGAGAUUCCUCCUGUGUGCGGGCUCCGCCUCUGGUCUUCAUCAGCAGCCCCGCACGCAGGGAGGAGGCACUUUCUGAGGAGUGGUGCACUCAAAGAGUAUUUGUGUGAAUGUCAAGCCCGUGACUAGUGCUUGAAAAGAUGGAUGACCAUGUAUGAUGCUGAUAAUGUGAUCAAUGUGAUAUAAUGUGACAGAAAGAAAAUAAAUCUGAAUGGAAGAAAAGAA